UGAAAAAGAUAUUGGAUAUUGGAUUCAAGGUCACCUGCAACCUAGGCAUGUCGGAAGAUAUUGAAGUAACAAAUGAAGAUCAGCAAAGAAUAAACAGUUUUGCAACAUGGAACUUGAAAUUUAAAGACUAUACUUCCGAAUACGAUCAGAAAAAAAAAGAUUUGGCAAACCUUAACGAUGCUGAAGAUGAGUUGGUUGUUGUCGAUGAAAGCAUACACGCAUAUCUUAUUGGGGAAACAUUUUUCCAUCUACCAAAUGAUAAAGUUGCGGACGAGCUUUCGGCAGCCAAAGAAAAAGUAAAAUUACGCAUGGUGGACCUCGAAGAGCAUAUCAAUGAUUGCAAAGUUCACAUGAAUAAUUUGAAAAAAGAUCUUUAUGGCAAAUUCGGGAAUCAUAUCAAUCUUGAGGAAGACUAAUUUUGUGUUGAUUGUUGUACUAAUUGUUUUUCGUUUUUCUUCGUGGACGUUACAGUUCUGUAACCCCACAAAAAACUGAAGUGACAUUUGUAAUAAUAUACACAUGGCUCUUAGUG